UCGAGGCCGUUUUGAAGAUUGCCAAAGUACUUGAUUCGCACAAAGCGCCUUUAUGAACAAGUGCCCCCGCCUUCGCCACUACGCCCCAAGGAAAUAAGGAGAGAAACAUUUGUGACUUCUAAAGGGACCACGUCUAUUUCAUCAAGCCACAACGGACCAGGAGUGUGAAGAUGUUAGACAUAUCAGCUAAUCUCUAUUGAUUUCUGCGACUGGUGCCUAUAAAGCCGCUGCCAGCCCUGCAACCUCACACAACCACGAACGCCAGCGAGAUGAGUGGGCAGCAUGAGGAUGAGAGGAUGAGAUCGUUAACGUUCAACUGUUCCAAAGCGGGCGCGUCUUGCCCUGUUGAAGACAUGACACUUGAGACAGUCAAGUUAACUUUAAUAGGAACGUUCCUCUUGUUUGUGUUCCUCACUAGUACUUCUCUAAACUCUUUUGUAUUUCUUUUAUUUUACAAGAAGUUCAAAUCAUUUACAAUUUCAAACUGUUUCCAGCUCAACCUAACUGCUUGCAAUUGUUUGACUGCGUUGAUAAUUAUUCCAUUUGCCUUUGCAAGUUUGAUAUACGGAGAAUGGAUUUUUGGACUUGUGUGGUGUCAGGUGACUGGUUUCGUUCUCAAUUUUGUAUUUGCUGCAAGUACACUGACUCUGGUUGUGAUAUCAAUUGACAGAUACUGUGCUAUUGUCUCCCCCUUGCACUACCGGAUGAAGAUCACAAGAAUGCGUUGCUAUUUCAUGAUUGGUGCUGUUUGGGUUAUUGCAGGAAUUAUUUCCAUCCCACCCGUCGUUGGAUGGAACAAGUUUGAGUUCCGCACUCAUAAGAUGAUCUGUACAGUGAAGUGGGACAGUGAUAACAAAUAUGAUUCUUACUACAAUCUGUUCCUCGUAUGUAUAUGUUUUGCACUUCCCCUUAUCGUCAUGGUAUGGGUCUACUCUGUCAUCUUCCGGGCUGCCAAGCUCAUUAGCCAGAAAACUCGUCGCAACAGCUUAGUCCCACGAAUACUAGAAGAGACCAGUCACAGUCCAAUAAUUCUGGAUAAACGACGCCGAAGCAGUACUGCUCCUAUUCUGGGAAGGAAAUUCAGCGUGCACAAGCUUGGUGCCCUCCUGUGGUACCGCGAUGAAUGGAGAACAGCGGUCACAAGCAUCAUUGUCUUUCUUACCUUCAUUGGAUGCUGGUUGCCUUACUUCACUGUCAUCAUCCUGGAGACUCUACUUCAAAGUGAUCACAAAGUGCCACCAUUUGUACAAACACUGUCCAUUGCUCUAGCUCUUGCCAGCUCUGCAAUGGAUCCUCUGGUAUAUGUUUUUAGAAGUCAUAAAUCGCGGCAGGAACUUCGUGAGAUCUUGCUUCGUAAACAUGCAGCAAGCUCCGAGUCUAUUUCCAAGCAGUACAUGACACAAGAGGUGUACGACCCUUUAAAACAGAGAAGCUCGGUGCAACUUCUGGACGAAAAAUGUGUUCCCUAUUUUACCAGAACUGUAAAAUGAACUCAGUCUGCCUUAACUGUAUAAGUGUGCAACGAUUCAUGUCCUGUCUUGAAUAGGAUAUAUAAGACCUCAGAUGUGGGGCGUGAGGAAGAGAAGAAAAAAAAGAGUUGGACAUAAAUGCCGGUGAAUGGUUCUGGUUGAAGAUAACUGCUGAUCGUGUUAAUGCUGGGAAGUCAGUGGAUUGAAAUAUGACUUAUGUGUGAAGUAGAAAGGGGAUUGUUUUCAAAGAGAUUGACGAAUGUGAACUGAACCGUUGAACACCUGUACCAUGUUUAAAGGUGAAAGUAUUAAGUCAAACAACGAUAUCAUCUAACGGACUUUACGUGAAUGGUUUGUGACGGGUGCCACUGGUGGGUCAGGAUAGACCCACCUGGUAUCAUCACUAUCUUAUAGUGAUUCAUGAACGCAUGCCCAUGGUAUAGUCGGAAUCAACAGACUCCGUUUUGACAGAUUUCUUUGAAUAUGAAAAGGGAUGUGUCGCUUUUUAUUUUAUAUGAUAGUAUAUGGGACAUAUCACAGCAUGCGAGUCCUUUGACGUUGACCAAGUUAAAACGUGAAAUGAAAAUAUGUAUUUUUAGACUGGAUUUACUGUUUUCCAAGCCAGUGAACUGAACUUAUGUUUGACAAUCAUUCUUCAUGUUUCUCAAAUGUACGAUACUCGUUUUUGUGAACAAAAUAUAUAAUUUAUAUUUGAUAUGUUGAUAUUGGAAUGUGAAAUAUACAUUUCAUUGUUAAAUAAUGUUUUAAUUGUCAGAGAAAAUAUACCAGAGUCAGAAUCAAAGUUUUGACUGUAUUUCUGCAGGCUUGAAUACAAUGUAGAUAUUUUUGACUAACUGUAGUAAGUAUGAUUGAUACCAGAUAUAUAUUCCAAAGAAGUGUGUAUGUGUAACGAUCUGCAACUUUGCAUCAAGAUUCAUUACUUAGAAGUCACCUACUAAUUUGUAUGCUAAUGAAAUCCUUUACCAUUAGAAUAUAUUCUUCGGAUGAUUGUUUUACACCUUUUUUACUGAGUAUUUGUGUACACAAAAGUAUUGGAUCCCCGAUUACAAUUCCUAUAUGCAGAAAGAUGAUUGGGUUUUAAUUGAAUGUAGUGUUUUUUUAGAUUUUUGUCAGUCAACUAUUAUCCUGCAUUCCGAACAAAAUUAUAUUAUUUUCAUAAGUUUUCUUAUGUUUACAACUUGACGGGACGGCAUCGAUUGCCAUGCAUCAAACUGGUUGACUUUAACAUAAUGCACAGCAAGCUUCGUGACUACACGUGAAUUAACUCCCGGUGUUUGCAGUGCAACAUUAUGCAUCAAAAAGAUGUUUCAUGGUUUAUGAAUGGAAUGAUGUCCCUAUGAAUGCUUGGGUGCUGAUAUUUGGCCGCGGUGAUACAAUGUGAUUCCAGUUCCUGUGAUUCGUGUCGUAUUUUGUUGCAGUAGUUGUUUAUAUAUUUCAGAUUAUGUAUUUCUUAUUGACUUGUUAAUUUUUAUAUGUCCGUACACAGUAAAACUACACCACGCACUUCUGUUUGGUGGUGCUUCGUAAUA